AGCUACGAUUAGACCCCUAGCCUGGGAACCUCCAGAUGCCGCAGGUGCUGCCCUAAAAAGACAAACAAUCAAAAAAAAGAAAAGAAAGGGAUCUGGGUGAUAGCGUAGCUCAGGAUCUAUGUUGCCCCCUAGGGGACAUUUGGCCAAGUCUGUUGUCACACUGGGUUUGGGGGGGUGGGGUGGGGGUGGGUGAGAAACGGUGCUACUGACAUGUGAAAACUGGAGGCCAGGGUUGCUGCUCAACAUCCUACAACGUCCAGGGCAGGCCCCCCCCCGCCCCCACAACAAUGAUCCAGCCCCCAAAUGUCAGUAGUUCCAAAGCUGAGAACCCUGGUGUAGACAGAAAGUGAAGUUGCCACUUCAAACCCGGCCCAGGUUCCCCAGUCUCCAUUCUCCUCACUGCAACCCACCCUCAAAAUGAAGUUAUGAAAGAUGAAGCACCAGGACAACGAUUUCCAGGAUGUGAGCCACACUUUAUGAUAUUGUUUCUUUUUUUUUGCCAACCUGCAGCAUAUGGAUCAGGGAUCAGAUCUGAGCCACAGCUGUGACCUACGUGCCAGCUGUGGCAGUGCGGGAUCCUUUAAACCACCGUCCCCAGCGCGGUUGGAAUCUGGUGCUGCAAAGCCACCGCUGAUCCCGUUGCGCCAUAGCCGAACUCCGAUGUGAGCCACACUUUAAAAAGUGGAAAUGAACAGCCCAAAUUAUUUAUUUGUCUCUUUAGGGCUGCUCCUGUGGCAUGUGGAAAUUCCCAGGUGAGGGGUCCAAUCUGCUAGGGGCCGGCUCCACCACAGCCAUGGCAAUGCCAGAUCCUUCACCCACUGAGCGAGGCCAGGUAUUGAACCCGCAUCCUCACGGAUACUAGUUGGGUUCGUUACUGCUGAGCUGCAAUGGAACUGCCCGAAAUUUAUUUGAACAACAUACUUAACACAAAAUGUACUCCAAGUAUCUUUCCUAAAUGUAACCGAUCAGUCACACGAACUACCUCCUUCCUGAGGUGGUUUGCGUGCUUCCGACUCAGUCUUCAGAAUCCCUUGGGUGACUUGCACACCUUCAUUCAGACCAGACCCAUGUCACAUGCUCAAAAGCCACAAGUGGCUGGUGACUACCCUUUUGGACAGCACAAUUCUAGAAGAUCUUUAGUUUUAGCCUAAUAGCAAAAUUGUUGAGUCACUUGGGUGGGUGGGUGGGUGUGGGGGAGGUGUUCUUGAUGGUUUUCUGGAAAAUUCUCUGUCAGUUCCAAUUUGUUGUUGGCACAGCUAGAGACUUUUUUUCCAAAUGUGCCUGGGAAUUGGUGUGUGCUUUUUCUGGCUUUUAAAAUAUCGCCUUGUAAAACAUUAAAAAAAAUAUUUUGUAUUCCAAACCAAGAUACAACUGAGCUCUUUCUGGCCCAUGGGUCUCCGGUUUGCAACCGGUUGGUUGAGGGUGGACUUAGGAGCUGGAGGCGGGCAGCCACUAGCUACCUGUGGCUAUUUAGAGUUAAACUGAAAGAAAUGAAAUAGUAUUUAAAACUCAGGUCCUCAGCCAGUAGCCCUAUUUCAAACGCGCAGUAGUCCACGUGGGUUGGAGACUAUGCAACCCACUGGUUGGACAGCUAGCAGAGCAUAGAUGCGCCUCAUCGCAGUAAGUUCUUUUCCACAGCUCUCUCAGACCCCAGCUCAGGCGACCCCAGGGUCGCUGGUCUGGGCGCGACAGUAACCCAGUUCUCUCCCCUCUGUGCCCCAUCUACCCCCACCCCGCCAGCUUCUCUCGCUGCGCCCCCCUGGGGUCCCCUCAGCGCCAGGACCUGCCGUGGACACGCGGGACCUGCGCUUCUAGUUCACCGCGUAGUUGGAGGAGCUGCACUCAACGCUUCAGCCCUCCGCGUGGGCCGCCUUUCUGCCGCUCCCACUCUUUGGCGCGGCCCGGCACCGACCCCUGCACCGGGUUCCAGACCCGGCCUGGCUGCCCUGCGCCUUUCUGGUCCACGCGCGCCUGCGCCGGGCCGCGGUUUUCCCUCUGCGCGCGGGCGCGUCGGGUGCUCCGUGCCUCGUGCCGGCAUCACCCAGACACUAUCGCUGCUGCUUCAUGCGCCUGGGUUUUCCCACCUGCCCGAUGAGAAGAGCCACCCUUGUCCCCCUGUGUAGCUGGCGAGGUUUGGUCCUCUCUGGGCCUCGGUUUCCCUAUCUCGGGGAGGGAGGGUCAUGGCAGUGUCACAUCAGCGCCCACGGCUGCUCCCUGGACCUUGGUUCCCCAUUUGUCCGACCGACAGAAACGUCCCUCCUCCCGCCCUCGGCCUGGAGGGGCGCGGGGUGCGGGCGGGACGUCCACGGGGAAGAAGAACGGACUGGGCGCGCCCCUUCCUUGUGGGACUUCGAGCAAAGCCUCGCCCUGCCUGUCUACGAAUCGCUCUUUGUACCAGAGAUCGAACUGUUCCUGUAUGGGAUGGGAGGGGAGCGGGGGACGGGCUGUCUCUAUGGUUCCCGCGUCUCCGCCCCGCGGAGAUGCUCCAAAAACGCAGGCGGUUAGAGAGGCGGGCUCAGGGGCGGCGGAACCUUCGUCGCGGCUCACGUGCGUUUCCGGCCGGCGCCCUUUCCCAGGGACGCCGCCGCCCCUCGCGCCCCUGCGCCCGCGCCCCCCGCGCCCCGCGUCCCCGGCGCCGCCGGCCCGGACCCCGGAAGCCUCGGUCCCGCCGCCGCCGGCGCUCUCGAGGGGAAUCGGAACGCUCGGGACCUGGGCCCGUUCCUCCGGACCCGAGAGGCCGCUGCACCGGCUGCCGCUCCAGAUGCUGCUGCUGCCGCCGCGGCCACCCCACCCUCGGUCCUCCUCCCCGGAGGCCAUGGACCCACCGCCCCCCAAGGCUCCCCCUUUCCCCAAGACGGAAGGCCCUUCCUCCAGUCCUUCCUCGGCUGCGGGGCCCCGACCCCCGCGGCUGGGCCGCCAUCUGCUCAUCGACGCCAACGGGGUCCCCUACACGUACACGGUGCAGUUGGAGGAGGAGCCCCGGGGCCCGCCCCAGCGCGAGGCACCGCCGGGAGAGCCCGGCCCUCGCAAGGGCUACAGCUGCCCGGAGUGUGCCCGUGUCUUUGCCAGCCCUCUGCGGCUGCAGAGCCACCGCGUGUCGCACUCGGACCUCAAGCCCUUCACGUGCGGCGCCUGCGGCAAGGCCUUCAAGCGCUCCAGCCACCUGUCGCGGCACCGUGCCACGCACCGUGCCCGCGCUGGCCCGCCGCACACCUGCCCAUUGUGCCCACGCCGCUUCCAGGAUGCAGCGGAGCUGGCGCAGCACGUGCGCCUCCACUAAGUUCCAGACCCGGCCUGUGCUGCCCUGCCCCUAGCUGGGCCACCACGUCUGACCCACACAGCGUCACUCCCACACGUACUCCCUGACUCUGAUGAGGUUACUGCCUUACCCUGAGCCUCAGUUUCCCCAACUGUCUAAAGGGAGAAACAUUCCUUCCUUCCCUCCCUUUCUAGCUGUGUGAUGUAGAACAAGUCGUUGCCCCUCCCUGGGCCUGGGAGCCAGUCGGAACCCAGUUUCUGCCCAGCUGUGCUGUGUGAGCCUUUGCAAGUGGCGUAACCUCUCUGAGCCCUGGUUUUCUGCUCCGAAGUGGUGAACGGUUGUUGUCUGCGUGGAAGAUUUGACAAAAGAACACGGGCACGGUCUGGAUUAUUUCUGUAUCUCCUUCCUUACACCCUUUCCCCCUCCCCCUUUACUCAAUAAACAUUCCGCACUCCA